AUGUUGUCAAUUGUUAAUGGAACAUCAACCAUUUCGUUGACUGCAGGAAGCUCAACUUCCUUAAGUCAUGCCAUUAACUUUUACACUAAUAUCCUUGGACUUAAUUUACAUUCUGAAACCGACAAUAUCACAUACUUGGCUAACAACUAUGACAAAUUAAUCGUCGAAUUGAUCUUUGAUCCGGCCAAGGGGCUCACCGAGGAGCAAAUCCAAACACGUACUCAAGAAAUCCACGACAAGUUAAACCAAACCGAUUGGAGAAGUCUUGAUGAAACUAUUGUGGUUAAAGUCAACAAUAUUGUUAGUUUGAUCGAAACAUUACAAACUUUUAAACAUGUGGUUCAAAUUACCCCCAAUGAAUUGUUUCCUAAUGAAGUAUAUUGCGUUGAUCCAUUAGGCUACGUCAUUGGGUUCACCGCCGUGUCUAACCCCUUAACUUUGCAACCUCCCUUACAGAAAUUAAAACCUAACAUGGGUGCCGGUACUCCUUCCAGUUUUAUGAUGUCGCAAGCAGGCUCCCAAUCGGGCAUCAUAACGGAUGAUCUUCCUAAGCGUAACGUUGGGAUUAUGACUUCGGGUGGUGAUGCCCCAGGUAUGAAUGCUGCUGUUCGAGCAGUGGUCAGAGCCGCUAUCUUCAGAGGCUGUAAAGCAUUUGCAAUCAAGGAAGGCUACACUGGUUUAGUCGAAGGUGGCGAAGAUUACAUCAAGGAAAUGAAGUGGCAAGAUGUUAGAGGGUUGCUUUCGGAAGGUGGUACCAACAUUGGUACUGCCAGAUGUAUGGAAUUUAAAGAACGUUGGGGUAGAUUACUUGGAUGUAAGCAUUUGAUUGAAGCCGGAAUUGAUGCAUUGAUUGUAUGUGGUGGUGAUGGUUCUUUAACCGGGGCCGAUUUGUUCCGUGCCGAAUGGCCAAGUUUAAUUCAAGAAUUGUUGGAAACCAACCAAAUCACGCAAGAACAAUAUGAUCGCCACAAGCAUUUGUACAUUUGUGGUAUGGUUGGAUCAAUUGAUAAUGAUAUGGCCACUACUGACUCUACCAUUGGUGGAUACAGUUCUUUGGAAAGAAUUUGUAAGGCGAUCGAUUACAUUGAUGCUACUGCCUCGUCACAUUCGCGUGCCUUCGUUGUUGAAGUCAUGGGUAGACAUUGUGGUUGGUUGGCACUUAUGGCUGGUAUUGCUACUUCGGCCGAUUAUAUCUUCAUUCCUGAAAAGCCAUCCAGCAGUAAAGUUUGGCAAGACCAAAUGUGUAACAUUGUUGGUCAACAUAGAGCCAAGGGUAAGAGAAAGACCAUUGUUAUUGUGGCUGAAGGUGCCAUCACGUCUGAUUUACAACCAAUUUCUUGUAAAGAUGUUAAGGAUGUCCUUGUGAACAGAUUGGGAUUAGAUACCAGAAUCACUACUUUGGGGCAUGUCCAACGUGGUGGUACUGCUGUUGCGUUUGAUAGAAUAUUGGCUACUUUGCAAGGGGUAGAAGCAGUUAAAGCUGUGUUGGAAUUGACUCCAGAUACUCCAUCGCCCUUGAUUGCCAUUGAUGAGAACAAGAUUUGUCGUAAACCAUUAGUUGAAGCCGUGGAAAAGACCAAGAAUGUCGCGGCUGCCAUUAGUGAACGUGACUUUGAAAAAGCCAUGUCGUUGCGUGAUUCCGAAUUUAAAGAACAUUUGGCUAAUUUCAUGUCUAUGAACUCUGCUUGUCAUAAUGAACCUACUUUACCACCAGAACAAAGAAAACGAAUUGCCAUUAUUAACAUUGGUGCACCUGCCGGUGGUAUGAAUUCUGCCGUAUAUGCCAUGGCCACUUAUUGUAUGUCUAGAGGUCACACCCCUUAUGCUAUCCAUAACGGAUUCUCGGGUCUUUCUCGUCACGAAAGUGUUAAGCUGAUUGAUUGGAUUGAUAUUGAAGGGUGGAACUUAAUCGGGGGUUCCGAGAUUGGUACUAAUAGAUUUACCCCUGAAGAAACCGAUGUUGGGAUGAUUGCUAACUAUUUUGAAAAGUAUCAGUUUGAUGGGUUGAUUCUUGUUGGUGGGUUCGAGGCAUUUGUUAGUUUAGAACAAUUGGAAAGAGCUAGAUCUAUGUAUCCGGCAUUCAGAAUUCCUAUGGUGUUGAUUCCUGCCACUAUUUCCAACAAUGUUCCCGGUACUGAAUAUUCUUUAGGUGCCGACACUUGUUUGAAUUCUCUUAUGGAUUACUGUGAUGUUGUCAAGCAAUCUGCUAGUGCCACCAGAGGACGAGCAUUCAUUAUUGAAGUUCAAGGUGGUAACUCGGGGUAUAUUGCUACUUAUGCCCAAUUGAUUAGUGGUGCUCAAGUAAGUUAUGUUCCUGAAGAAGGAAUCCAAUUGGAUCAACUUGAAAUGGAUAUACAUUCACUUAAGGAAUCAUUUGCUGUGGAAAAGGGCAUGACCAAAGCCGGUAAGCUUUUACUUAAAUCCACUAAUGCAUCCAAGGUUUUAACUCCCGGUGUUCUUGCUGACAUUAUCAAUUCUGAAUCCGGAGGUGAGUUUGAUACCCGAACUGCUAUUCCGGGACAUGUCCAACAAGGUGGGUUGCCUUCGCCAAUUGACAGAACCAGGGCCGAUAGAUUUGCCAUCAAGGCAGUGCAAUUCAUUGAAGAAAAUUGCGAUAAAAUGUGUGGAUUGAGAUACAGUUUGGAGUUCCCACGGGAAGAUAAGACAAUCACUCGCACCGCAGCAGUAUUGGGGAUCAAAAGUUCACAUUUACGAUUCACUUCCAUUCGACAAUUGUACGAUUAUGAAACUGAAUUGAACAAGAGAAUGCCCAAGAAGAUUUUCUGGUCGCUGACUAGAGAGAUUGCUGAUCAAUUGGUUGGUAGAACUAAAAUUGUUAGAGCUUGA